AUGGCGGCCGUCCGAACAAUCUCCACAACUACGAUCAGAGCACGAAGCGGCCUUAAUCAUGGCGACUCACCUCAACAGAUCGAUCUGAAUCCAUGGGAUCUUCAAUUUCUACUACUUGAGUAUGCUCAAAAGGGACUUCUCUUUCGCAAACCCGCCUCAUCAUCAUCGUCUUCAAUACUUGGAGAAACAGUAAUCCAGCAGUUGAAGGACUCGCUUUCUUCCACCCUCGACUUCUUUCUGCCGCUCGCCGGCCGUUUUCUUGUUGUCUCCCAUGGCGGCAACCUUGACUUGUCCUCCGUCUUCAUCACUUGUAACAAUGCCGGAGUAAGUUUUGUUUAUGCCAUAGCAGAGAACACUACAGUUGCUGACAUUGUUGAACCCACUUAUGUUCCUCCCAUUGUCUCCUCCUUUUUCCCAUCAAGUAAUGUCAAGAACUUUGAAGCAGUUCGAGUUCCAUUAGUGGCGGUUCAAGUCACAGAGUUGGUAGAUGGCAUCUUCAUCGCUUGUUCCAUGAACCAUUGUCUUGCUGAUGUGAAGCCGUACUGGAAUUUCUUAAACGCAUGGGCUCAGAUCUCUCGAAAUGGCCUCAACCACAUAGCCCCAAAUUCAAAGCUCGCUUCAUUUGAACGGUGGUUUCCUCAUGGUAACAUUCACCGCCCCAUAGCAAUCUCAUCCAAAAAAAUCAUAGAGAAUCAUCUCAAGGAGCCAAUAAAUUUGACUCAGCCGUCACCUCCAUUUUCCAGGAGGAUCUUUCACUUUAAAAGAGAAAAAAUUGCUGAGAUAAAAGCUAAAGCUAAUUCAGAGGUCAAUGAUAGUGUCAACAGCAACAAAAUCUCCUCCUUACAAGCUAUUGUAGCCCUUGUUUGGAGGUCUGUGAUCAGAAAUCAGAAUCUUGACCCAGAAGAGGAAGUCACUUACAGAUUCCUCAUAUCUGCUGGAUCCAGAGUUUCCCACCCACCAAUUCCAGAGGACUAUUUUGGAAUCACUGUGCAACUCGCCGUCGUGACGAUGAAAGUAAGGGACUUAGUGGGAGACACAGGCUUUGGGAAGUUUGCUUCGGAGAUGAACAGGGCAGUCUCAUCAUUCACAGAAGAAAAGAUCAAGAGCGACUUUGAAGCUUGGAUACGAAAUCCAAUAAUGCGUUUACAACGUGCAACAAUUGGGAAGUGUAUGGGAACUAGCAGCUCCCCAAGAGUCAACUUUUAUGACAUUGACUUUGGUUGGGGAAGGUCGGUGGCGGUUCGCGGCGGCCCAGCCAAUGCAAAGCUGUGGAAGUUGGCUGCUGAUGCUGGACUAGAAGAAGAUAGUUUUGACAUUGAGCUGUGUGCCUCGUACGAAAUACUGGAGGCUUUGGCAAGAGACAUCGAGUUCAUGCACGCAAUGGAAUCAUCGUUGCCGGCGAAGUUAUCAACAACAAGAGUAGCAGCACGGACUCGACUGUAA